AUGCGAAGCCUCGAGGAUCGCAAUCGCUCGGUCAACCUUUGGACAGCGCGUGUCGUUCCAAUCGUUUUGCUAGGCGUAAAGGGAUACGCCACGUACGUUUUGGUGUCGCAGUUGUGUAUUAGUUAUCUUCUCAAUCGAGGUGAUCGAACGGCUGCAAUUCCGAUUCUUUGCAUAUAUUUCUUCACUUUCACACUCAUGAUCAUUUCCUUGACUCGACUUCUAUAUGUUACCACCUUCCACCCGCCAUACAUUCCACUUGGCUCUGCCGCAAUUCAGGCUCAAAGGACGAAAAGGAAACUUCGCUCCGAGGAGGAUGCGCUGAGCUCUGGGGAAUAUGAUACAGAGAAAGGCCGGAAUGAUCCAGAUUCUGCAGGAUUGGAGCUAUUUUACACCAAAAAUUGUUUCGUCACAGAAGCUGAUGGAAGACCGAUUUGGUGCUCGCAUUGUGCGACGUGGAAGCUCGAUCGAACCCAUCAUGAUAGUACAUCAGGUCGCUGUAUCGCCAAAAUGGAUCAUUUCUGCCCGUGGGUUGGAGGUCCCAUCGGCGAGAACAACUUCAAAUACUUCAUACAAUACACUUUUUGGACAGCGUUGUAUUGUUUGCAUUUGCUAAUAGUAAUGGCAAUCUACAUUCGGCGGCAAAUUAGCUCUCCGAGUGACAGUCUGAAUCGCCAGUUUAUCGCUAUUCUAGCUCUAGCUAGUUUUUUCUUUCUUUUCACGGCAAGUAUGUGCGGGACCUCGGUGGAUCUGGCUAUCAAAAACCUCACGACCGUGGAGAGGCUUCGUGCGAAGAGUAAAGUGCAUAUUCUGGCUAUCCGAAAGCCGCAUUCAUCGCAGACUCCUGGAACGGGCGCCGCACGAAGCUACAAAGCGCCGUAUCGGGAGAUCACAUAUCCUCUUGAUGCGAGUCUGUUCUCCUCGACGCCAGGACCAGGAACAUUCGCAGCAGGAGAAGCUAGAGAUAACAACUCCGCACAACACGAUCAGUCCAACCCAGCAACUGCCCAGCAAAACCACGUGACACAAGCUAAGGUUCCUACUACAUCCCCAAUUGACGACUCGGAGCAGCAGACACGUUACCCGGUAGUAGCUAACUCUGAGGGACAUGUGUCUUCUCCCCGUCCUGUUACUGAUUCCACCAACCCAUAUGGCCAUCAAACGAUGGAAGGCGGGACAAGGCAACCCGAACUAUCAAGAACACAGCCAUUUCCACAUGGAGAGUCUGCGAGAGAUUUGCAAGCAAGUCGGACAUUUGCGAUCGUGCACACUCUAGAGCCUGGAGAUAAUCCCUGGGACCUUGGAAGUGCGAUACUCAACUUAAAUACAGUAAUGGGAAAUAGCAUCUUGGAAUGGUUCCUGCCAACAGCAAGUCCUUGUGCCAACCAUGAGAGUACCGAAAGCCAGUUUGCGCUCGGUCCUGCAGUCAAAAGGCUACGGGCAGAAUAUGGAUUGGUUGAGCAAGAAGGGGCGUCUGAUAUGGUGGACGGAGCUAGGAAGGCGAACCUAAGGCAUUCAUCACCUAAGAAUUUGCGUGACCGUAAUACUCCCAUUAGAGUACACCACGAUAAUCAGUCCGUACAUCCCUCAGAUAACUAUAUCAAGCUUCAGGACCUGUCUGGACGAGCUGUUCAUUCAUGA